CACAUCUCUGACAGCUGAACCUUGAGGUGGACAACUAUUGUUUUAGGAAAGGGGGGGUGCUCAGACUGGCCUCUACCUGGAGCCUCCAAAUUACUAAGUUCGCCCCUGGGUCCGGGUCCAACUUUUUGGACAGGAGAAGACCUCCACUACAUAUCCUUCCAAUAAAGACUCAAUUUAUAAAUUUUCAGCCCAGAGCUUCUCAUUCCAGACCCUAUUUGGGUGCCAAUCUGGUAUGAUGAAAUGACCACCCAAGUUUAUACCAAUUUCUAACUUUCUGUGUGUUGACUGCAUAUAUUACUUUCAAUUCUUAUCCCAAACAAUUUCACUGACUAUUACUUUUACAUUUCUUUAAUUGUCUUAUUGGGUUGUUGUUCAAGAGAAAUACACUGUUUGUGUAGGCUCAGAUGGUCAACAGUAACCCAGGAUUAAGACCAAAACCAGGAACGGUAACCAAGCAGUAGGCGUGGCUUGGUUGGCAUAAACAGGUGUGUCGCUUAGUAACCAGGUAAGUGGUCUCAGUUUAGCGUAGAGACUGAGAGCUGAUCGAUAGGUGUGUGACAUAUUUCUAAAGAGCUACAGUGUGGAGAAUUCAGUACUCUCAGAAUGACUGAUCCCAUGCUUGACCAGAUGACCCGACUCAAACUCAAGCUGCUGGAGAAGAGACUGGAGAAUGAGAGGGACAACAUGGCAUGUCCACAGAGACUGGAGAAUGAGAGGGACAACAUGGACGGCAGAGCAGAGUCCGUCCUAUCCCCCAGGAGUUUUGAUGGACAGGUGGAUGCGCUGCACAGCAUGCUUAGACGAAAAAAGGACCUGCUGCAAAGACUGAGGGAGCAGCACAUGUUGGAGGACCUGAGCAGACCUCACACCUGGGGUGGGACAGGGAGACGAUACCGCCCAGACCUCCUCCCUCCUCCUGCCCCUCUGCCUCCUCCUCCGGCCCCCAUCCAUAUCUACCAGCCUGCCCCUGCACCCCCUGCUCCACCCCCUCCCGCCCCGCCACAGCCCCCACGCAUCAUCCAGCAAAUGUUGCCCCAGCAGCCUACUACCUUCAUACAGCAGUUACCACAGCAACAGCCCCUCAUACAACAGAUACCCCCUCCUCAGCCCUACCCUGCACCACGGUCUAGCAGCAUCAAAGAAGACAUGGUGGAGCUGAUGUUGAUGCAGAAUGCUCAGAUGCAUCAGAUCGUUAUGCACAACAUGAUGCUGAAAGCAAUACCUCCCAUGGCCCUGUCACCACCUAACCCAGGACAAGAUGUUGUUGUGAGGUCAGUGGUCAAACCAAGAGGAAAUGCCGUCCACCACCACCACCAUUACGGCCCCCAGGCCCAAUCGCUCCCUCCCAUUGGCUAUCCCAUGUGGCCCUCGAUGAUGUCAUCACUACCUGAAGGGCAGGGCGGGGCUCAUAUGCCGUCCGUGCAGCAUGUGACCGGCCCCAUCACGUUGCCCCCACUCAACAUGUAUUAGCCAAACCCUAAACAAUAUUCCCCAACCCCUAUCUUGACAUAUUGUAUUGUGUGUGAGGAUUUCAUAUUUCCAAAUACAUACACAUGUAUAAAGAUGAUUGAUUGUAAAUAUAAAAUGUAAGCAUUGAUAUUAUGUUUGAUAAGCAUUUUUAUGGUAUAGCCAAAUAUGAUGGUUGUAUGGAGAAUUUGCUUCUUGGCACUAGCAACAUGUAAAUGCAAAUGUGUCGGCCUACUAUGAUUCGUGGUUGCAAAAGAGAAUAUGCAAAAGAUAAAGGUCUGUAAACAUGCAUCAUGACUUGAAAAUAAAUAAAACAAGAUUCGCAAACAUGC